AACGGGCCUAGCGCCGUCGCGUCGCGUGUAUAAUCUCUUAUCAACCAAGCCAUCACUCCAAUACCGAUUGCUCCCCACCAAAAACAGCAGGACAAACGUCCUCGUUCUCCAAUCCACCUCAAAAAGACGAAGUCGCACAUCGCCCAGAACCCAACUCCAAGUGCGCCACCAACUUUCCCCACCCAGAAAACGCACCUACCGACAAUUCACCGACGAUAACCACCACCAAAACCAAAGAAACGACCAAGACCCCGAAAAAGAAAAUAAAAAGAAAAGACAAGAAAAGAAAGGAAAAGAAAAUGACAACCCCAAGUUCAUCACGACACCGAUCCCGUCACUUAAGCAGCAGCGCCCAACGCCAAACCCAAACCCCAAGCCACCGACCCCGAGCUACAACACCCCCACUCCCAGCCUACGAAACGCCAAUCGCACCCUUGCACACCACAGCCCAAAACAAGCUCCUAUCACUCCUUAAAUCGCAGUCGCUGCGAUCAUUGAAGACGCAUCUCCAGCAUGCGGAGGAGAAACUGACUGAUUCGGCUGGGGAGGUUAAUGAGCGGCUUACUGAUGCGCGGGUGCGGUUGCAACGGUUGAAGGAGCGGAGAGGGAAGAGGGAGGAUUUUGAUGAGAGGGAGGAGGAUGGGGUACAGCAACAGCAGGAGGAUACUGAUGAUUGGGAGGAGAGGUUGAGGGAGUUGGAAGGGAGGGUUGGGGGUGUUACGGAACGGUUGGAGACGCGGAUGCGGGGGACGAUUGAUGGGGAGGUUAGGGUUGAUGGGUUGGUUGGGGUUCUUGGGACGGUUGAGAGGGAAGUUGAGCAGGAGGGUAGUUCUGGGAGGAGUAUGAGGAGGAGGACUAGACGGCGAGGUGCGGAGGAAGAAGAUGACGAGGAUGAUGAGGAUUACGAGGAGACGGAGAGGGAGGACGAAAGUGUGCCGCCGUCGAGGAGGUUGGAUGAGUUACUUGGGGAGAAUUAUGUAGAGUGGGAUGAGCUUUCUUUGACGCAGAGGUACUCGUCCAAUAAUGCCUACAUUGGGUUCUAUCGGAUUAUUCACGAAGCGAAACACCCCGGCGAAGAUAUUCCUCCUCUACCGCAUGCAUCAACGUGGUUCACACAUCUUGAAGAUCCAACUACGGCUUCGGCGCAAACGCCCGAUUCCUCGGUCCGGCGCACACGUCGUCGGAGAUCGCCAUCUCCGGCGGACUCGGAUGAGAUCGCCAUCGAGAGCGAGCGCAUAUCGCUCAAGUGCCCCCUUACUUUACUUUACUUCCAGGACCCUGUGACAAGUACCAAAUGUCCGCAUAGCUUUGAACGCGAAGCGAUUGAAGAUAUGAUUGCGCAUAGUUCGACGACUGUUCCCGCGCCCCAGCCGGCGGGAGCCGCCGGCCGCAGCGCACGUCGUGUUCGCUCCGUUAAGUGUCCGGUGUGCUCGGUUGUCUUGACUGCAGCUGAUCUCCGGUCGGAUCCUGUUUUGGUUAGGAGGGUGCGCCGGUAUGAAGCAGCGUUGAGACGGGAAGCGGAAGAUGAUGAGUUAUCCGACGGGGCGCGGAGGAGACGGUCUGGGGCGAGGAAAAGUGGGAUCACUCUCGUUGAUGAUGAUGGGGCCGAGGACGAAAAUGAGAUGGAUGUGGAUCCGGAUGAGAAUUCGGAUUCAGAUCGUAGGCAGGAUGAGGAAAGUUUCGGCAGUCAAGCUCAUGUACGAAUCAAACAGGAGAUGAGUACAGCUCCUGUCGAUGAUGAUUAGUUGAUGAUAAUUUCGAAUAAUACCUCUGUAAAUUCAAUAGAUACCGGACAGCGUUGCUCGCGUUUCAAACAAAGUUCUAGUUUGUUAUUCAACUAACCUCUUCUGAGAAUCGAUAAUAUUGAUUGACCCGGGAUUAACCAUGCCUGGCAAUUGGAACUGCUUCCCGGUCCUGGAGUACAUACAACACCCGCUGUGAAAGCUAGAGUAUAAAC